GUGUGUGUAUAUAUAGUCCUCAUACAACAAUGUAUUAUGCAAUUAUCUAGUCUCUUGAGUACGUGUCUGAUUCUUUUCAACAUAUGGCUUCCUCAGCUUCCACCAAACUGACUGUGAAAUUGCUCAUUGACUCAAAGCGUGAAAAAGUGUUGUUCGCUGAAGCAUCAAAGGAGGUCGUAGACUUCCUCUUUAACUUGCUUCGCUUGCCUCUGAGUGCCGUCAUAAGGCUUCUAAACAAGUAUGGCAUGGUUGGAAGCUUAGGCAAUCUCUAUCUAAGUGUUGAAAAUCUGAAUGACACUUACAUGCAACCAGACAUACACAAGGAUGUACUGUUGAAGCCAAGAGCUCCCGUUUCUUCCCAGCAAUUCUCUGCCCUUCUCCCUGCCAAUGGUGAUGACUCUGCUAAUCAUAACGUGGAAGCUUCAUUCUACACGUGUCCACAUCACCGUGGUCAUAACGUGACUUGUGAUAAUAAGACUGCUUGUCCUCAAUGCCGGACUGCUAUGAAUAAAAAAGUAACUUAUGUUGGUAAAAAGGUUGAAGAUGUGUUUCCCAAUGAUAGUGGGUUUGUGAAAGAAGUUGUAACUUACAUGGUCAUGGACGAUUUAGUCAUUCAACCAAUGUCAACCAUAUCAAGUAUCUCUCCACUGAACAAGUUCAACGUCAAAGAAGUUGGUGCCUUGCAAGAGAAGACGGUUGAGUUGGGGAUGACUCAGGGUGUCAAUUUGCUUAAGGCUUCUCUGCAAUCGAAGGCUGUUCUUACGAGGGUUUUUCUCAAGAACAAUGCAGCAAUUUAAUGAUUUAAUUACUUUGCAUUUUCGAAUAUUUAGAGUUGUUUGUCUUUAAAUAUUUUAAACCCUUUUAGUUUUGAAGUUUAGGCCUAGGGCUAUAAUAUUAUUUGCUCUAUCAAUUAUAUUUUGAAUCAAUUUUAUUGUAUUUGAUCUGCUGCAAUUUAUCUAUGAUCACGUUGAAGUAGGGAUUUGUAAUUGUCUCCAAUUUUACAAGUAUCUUCAUUUCUAAGCUUUUUACAAUUAUCUGUACGAAUUUUGAACCUAUGCUCUUUUUGAAGAUUAAAAACUCGCAACCAUGAUGUUGAUGAUUGGAUCAG